GUAAGGAUUCACAGUAUUCACACUCACUUAUACAGACGUUUAAACGCAAUUCCACCUCUACCUUGGAUGGAAGUAUUCACAGAUUGCACGCUCCGCAAUCAUUCACUGUUCGACUACGUUCGAAGCAGCUCCGGACGCAAUCGCGGAUCGUUUUGCGCUCAGGACGAUUCAGUUAUCCUUUUCGAGGAUCAGGACUCUAUAUCCUUCUCUGAGGAAUGUUCUUCACGCGACAGUACCGAAGACUUUUCUGCCGCUCAGAAGUGUUUUUCAGUAAAAACUGAACCGCAAACCGGGCCACUGUUUGUGUGUUGUACACCAGUGUUUGGAUAGAUGCUGUGUGGUCACUCAGUGCUUUUAGUGUUCCAAUUAGGAUGUGCUUUGGUGUGAGUGAUGCUCUCCAAGGCAUUGCUCAGUUAUAACGCUCUGUAUGCAACCGACCUAUGUGUAAGAAAUUAAAGCUACCAAUAAAGGCGAUUCGGGUUCUAAUAUUUAUUAUGCUAAUUCUUCAACAUUGCACCGUCAGUUACAGCCAGCCAAAUUGUUUCGGACCAGUAUGCAAGACAAAAGUGUAUAACGAUAAGCUCUGUGGCUACGUCUACAUCAAUCAAACCAAUCAAAAGAUAAUGAUUAAUAGAAAUAAUGACUCGUUUCUUUACAAAAUUUCCACGACUUACCAGCCACCGGAUUCGAGAUGGGAAAUAUCAAAUGACAAGCAGAAGAACAUUCCAGCUUUCUAUCUAUUUGAUCCAAAUACCAAGAGGUUUUUGUGUUGGAAAAGUAUGACGGGACCUGUAGUGGGAUUGACUUACGAUAGAAUCGAAAAGGGUAUAAAAAACUGGGACCUUUGUAAGUUUACCGAUGUCCCUCCCGACGAUACCCGGUACAACAAAACCCACGUAUACCUUCAACUUGUCUUCCAGAAGAAGAACAUAACGUUGAGUUUUGACAGGAAAGGACAGACAAUGUCUCAGAGGCGUAUCCAGAAGUGCUUGCGCAAGAACCACAUGAGCAGACAUUCCAAAAUGAAUGCGCGAAAGAAAAAUAAGUGCUUUGGAAACAAUUUGUUUAUGCUCUAUUCCAAAUUUAAUGAAGGGGAAGGGAAUCGCGGUAAAACUGCCUAUGAAACCUUAUGUGACGGCAAAACGGCUCAUAUGGAUGAAUUGGCCGGGGUCUGUGAAAGAAGAAUCCCGAAGAAGCGACUGUAAGAGAUUUGACACUAGAGGGUUGUGUCUAGAACUAUGUUACAUCUCACAUUUGACUCCGGACAAACAAAGACACUAAAAUUCAAGUAAUUCUAGUCUAAGGAUAUUAAGGUAGUUAAUGUAAUUUGCUCCUACCAUAACCUUUUCUGGCGAUAGAUAGCACCGAUAAACAAGCCAAGUACCAUAAAACCGGUACCGAUUAAGUAUUUUCAAAUAACCCUACUUAUAGUUAAGCUUCACCAUAUACGCUUAUUAUAAUAAUGAAAAAAAAACCCUUACCCCAAAGUAUAGGUUUCUUCGAUUCUACGCAUGAAUUGAAAUCGAUUUGUGCACUGACUAAGCAGCUUUCGCCAACUAGGAAAUGUCCACCCACUACGGCAAAUGGUUAAUAGAUGAAAACAGACCUUUUUGCCUCUUUUGGAGCAAUUUUCAAUAAAAAAAUUCUAAAUGUUUGAGCAUGUGGAAAUUCUUAGAAACCGCUUCAGAGGAGGAAAUGUAAUGCUUAGUCCCUUGAAGCUCCUACUAGGCUUUUGUUAUAUUUCAAAUAAUUUAUGAAUUGAUGAAAAUUGAAUCAGAAGUCAAUUGUAUUGUGCUUGGAAACAUUCUGCAAAAUGUAUAGAAUCAAUUGCUUGUGCUGAUCAUUUAAAUAUUAAAAUUAUUGUCAAUUUUCUUGCACUAAAAACCAUUUGCUGAAUUUGGUGUUGACAUAAAUAUUAUAGCGUCAGUAUUCUAAUGUAAGUCGUUUCUGACUUGCCCUCUACUUCUAGCAGGAUGCGGUCCUGUUAACAGUAGCACACAAGUCUCAGUGUAUAUGAUUGUACAAAUUAUUACUAAAAACCUUUUAUACCACCCAACUUAAUUUAUUUUUCUAUCUCUUAAUAUAUUUUUUUGUAAUUUUAUUUCUUAAGUUAUUACAAUUCCAUGAAGCUAGUCAAUUGGACGACAUGCCUUCACGUUUCAUCGACUUUGAGAAAAAUGCAAGGGAUGUUGUUUGUCUGACUGAUGUGACUGCGUAUUUUGUUUUACCUCCGUGAGGUGUAUUCUCUGAGAGUUUCUGUAUAUUUAUUAUUUAUUUUUGUAAAUAUUUGUUAGACCACCGUUUGAAAUGAUCCAUUGUUGAUUCAGUUGUGUUUCAUAUUUUUUUAAACUCGACUGAAAUAUUAUUUGUAACGAUGGUCUUGUUAUGAAAUGAGAAUAGACACUUUUUGAGUCACCCAGUGCGCGCCUGCUACUAAACUAUUUUUUUUGUUUUUGUUUUCAACGCGGCUUUAGUCUAUUCUUGUUUUUCCAUGUUUUAAUGGAGGAUUCAACGAGGAACACUGAGCGAAUUAUUCCAAUUAGUGACUGCAUGAGGAUAGUUUUGCUACGGGAAUAAUUUGGCAGUGAUUUUCGUGUUGCAGUAAAAGUACCAAAUAGUUGACUAGGUAUGACGCUCUAGAAUAGAAUAACCCUUAAAAAAAGUGUGGGAAAUAGUGUGCUCAGUAUUACGUUUUUUUCAUCUUUUUCAAUCACUUUAUUUAAUAUGUUGGGCAUAUUAAAUUCAAGGUUUUUUUGUAUUUGCAGAAAUACCAAAUCAAUUUUGUCAGCAUUCCAGAGCACCAUUUCCGAACAUUUUUGAAUAUAAAUGUCAGAGGAACUUUACACGGGGUGGUACAUACGACACUUUAAACCUUUCCGACAUUUCAUCGAUCUAAUACGUAUUCAUUUGACCAUCCUGUAAGUAAACGUAACAUAAUAUAUUUACUAUGUAUUUUUUUGUAAUUAUAUCACGGCCUCGCUCAUGUAUGUAAUUCGAUGUAAGAUCUGUUGUAGAAAUGUGUCCUUAUAUUUACAUUCCAAGUCCCAUAUUUACUGAUGUCCGUUUGCAAUAAAAAACAGUCAGUAACUGA